UUCUCUGUUUUCCACUUCAACCGACUGUCUGUCUGUCUGUCUGUCUCUUCAUCUCAUCAACCUUGACAACGUGAUCCAUCCGAAUUCUCAAGUCAAGAAUAAUCAGUCUGGGAAAAGAAAAGGUUGGAAGGUUAGGUUGUUUCAAGCAGCUUUUGGGCUUUACCACUACUGCUGCAAGUCCUCAAUUCUUUCAAGAUUUGCCAAUAUAUUUCUAAUGGCUGCCAUUAGCACUCCAUCUGCCUCAUUUUCGUCAUCAAUUUCUUCUUCAACACCACAAUGGAAAUACGAUGUCUUUCUCAGCUUUAGAGAUGUUGGAUUGGGGGUUCUUUUUGAUAAAUCUCUUGUUAAAUUCCGUGGUCAUACCUUGUGGAUGCAUGAUUUGCUUCAAGAAAUGGGCAAGAACAUAGUUUAUAAGGAGUGUCCUAAAGAGCCGGGAAAGCGUGGAAAGCUAUGGUUGUUUAAGGACAUUAACGAUGUACUAACAAAAAAUACGGGAACAAAGGCAAUUCAAGGCAUAGUCUUAAAGUUGCAUAAACAAAGAGAGGCAUAUUGGAAUCCGGAAUGCUUUUCAAAAGCUCAUGAUCUCAAAUUGCUCAUUCUUGAUAACGUUCACCUUUUGCAUGAGCCCAAAUAUCUUCCUAAUGCCUUGAGAUUUCCUGAUUGGAGUGGAUACCCCGCAAAAUAUUUUCCAUCAAGUUUCCAACAAAAGUCUUUUGAUAGUUUGAAAUUCAUUCAAUUGAAGAAAUCACUGAAAUUGAUUGAAACCCUUGACUUCAACAAAAUCCCAAAUCUUGAGAAAUUGGUUCUUGAGGAUUGUAUAAAUUUACGUUCUUUGCACCCAUCAAUUGGAGUUUGUAAAAAACUCUCUUUUCUUAAUCUGAAAGGUUGCAAAAACCUCAAAAGUCUUCCAAGCAAGUUUGAAAUGGAGUCUCUUGAGAUCCUUAUUCUUUCUGGUUGCUCAAAUUUAAAAAGAAUUCCUGAGUUUGGUGAAAAUAUGGAAAGUGUAUGAAGACUUUACUUGGAUGGCAUUGCUAUUACAAAAUUACCCACAUCAAUUGGGAACUUAACUUGCCUUGCUUCAUUGAAUGUAAAAGAUUGCAAAAAUCUCAUUUCUCUUCCUAGUACCGUUUUUAAUAUGAAGUGGCUUAAAAAUCUCAAUCUUUCCGGAUGCUCAAAACUACUGGAAAACUUAGUGACUAAGAAAAGUGUAGAGGAGGUUGAUGUGAGUGGAACUGCUACCGGACUUAUGCCUUGUUAUAAUGCUCUUUUUCAAACUCUUAAAAAACUUGCUUCCGGUCAAUUUAAGCAAAAAUCUCAAUCACAUGGGCUUGUUAUCGACUUCUUUAUCGGGUUUGUGUUCUUUGACUAGGUUGGAUCUAAGUUAUUGCAAUCUCAAUGCAAUCCCCAAUGAUAUUUGCUACUUAUUCUCUUUAAAAUAUUUAUUUCUAAGUGGAAAUCAUUUUAGUUGCCUUCCGGAAAGCUUUGCUCAACUAUCUAUUCUGAAAAGCUUGGAGGUGGACAAUUGCACGAGUCUUUGAUCUUGGCCAAAGCUUCCAUUAAAUAUUUUUUAUAUUUCGGGAUAUGGUUGUACCUUGCUAAAAACGCUACCAGAUCUAUUUCAAACAAAUUCUUUAUCUGGGAGAGGCCUCUUCCUUUCAAAUUGCAAUAAACUGGCUGAGAAUCAAGGCUUCAUUGACAUGUUUUUCGCAAUGAUAAUAAAAUCUCUUCGGCUCCCUCUCUCUCGCUCUGUUCUAAAUAGCAUACAUGGGUUUCGGGGAUACUUUUUUGACUACAGUUAUGGCGUUGUUUUUCCUGGAAGUGAAAUUCCAAAGUGGUUUAGGCAUCAAAGUAUUGGGGCUGAAGUUAGUAUACAAGAACCUUAUUCUCUUUUGUGUAAUGAGUGGAUGGGGAUUGCUGUUUGCAUUGUAUUUUGUUCAUAUUCACAUAACCAAAUCCUCAAAGACUGUUCACUAAGCUGUCAUUUGAUAGCCAAUGGAAAAGAAAUGUGUGUAGCACCAAACACUGGCGAAAUUGUUCCUUUAUCAGAUCACAUUUGGCUAAUUUAUUUGCUUCCUCAAUUCUACGGGAAGAAAGACAUAAAAGCAUUGUGGGAAUGCAAUGCAAAUGGAUUCAGUCAGAUUGGAAUUAAAAUUCAAACCCAGAGUCAGGGCUUUAGGGAGGAAUUAAUCCCAAUCAUGGUAAAGAAAUGCGUGUUGCAAAUGGUAUGCAUGGAAGACAUCAAAGAUCUUAACCGAACUAUGGUUGAGAGAAGCAAUAAAAACAUCACUCCUUAUAAGGGCUUAGAUGUUCCCCAUCAUAAUUUUGACAAUUUGAUGGCAGUGGCAGCAGAAGGUUACAAAGCCAAGCGAACCCGUGGUGACUGUGAUGGGGCUGGAAGCUCUAAUUACGAACCUCACCCAAAAAGGAUUGAAAGGCUCACAGAAUUUAUGGCCCAGGGUAACUCUAACUGGGAGGAGUCAAGUGAGUACAAGGAAUGUGCUGAAGAGCUAGGUGAUUGGCAAGAAUCUAGUGAAAGUGACCUUGAAGGUUAAUCAACUUUUUUUCUCUGGUAACUAACAGUUCAAAAAACAAAGAGAAGCCUUGAUAGCAGCAGGAUAAGCAAGUGUAGAAAGAGUGUCCCAAUCGGCAACCAAUCCUGUUGGACUCAAGCUGCAAGGGUAGGAGAUAUAAAUACAGGGGAUCCAAGCUUCUUCUGAAAAAAUAGAGAAGGUAGCUAACAGUUAAGAACUAAAGGAAAGCCUCAACAGUUGCAAAAUAAGCAAAGUCCAGACUUUUAUAGAGUCUUCCAACUGGCAACCAAUCCUGCAGGAGGAGAGCUGCAAGGGUAGAAGAACGAAAUGGAGGGGAUUCAUUCGGUUUUGAUUGUAAAAAUAGAGAUGGGUCCAUUGCCUGGUUGUUUGAGCUGGACUAUAGGGGCUGGAAUAGAGGUGACAGAGAGGUGGCAGAUCGAGCUGAUGAAGGGCAUUCAGAUGUUUAGGAAUUAGGAACCAGUUGACAGAUGUUUUGGGUUCGGAGAGGAGGUGAAGAGUAUCAGGAUGGAGAAAGCAAGGCAGUUAUUUGAGGCCAAAGAAGAAUACUUCAUCUGCAAUGGAGCAAUGUUACUAGAAAAUCAAACCACCUGCAACUAAGGUAGAGAUAGGGAGCCAAUCCAGAUUUUAUGAUCCUAAUCUAAUCCUCGGCUCUGUAAUUGCAACAAUCUACUAAGGAACACUAGAUGAACAGGAAGUAGCUAUUAAAGUUAAAGGCCCUCCAACGCAUUGGCCCUUUGAGAUGAUGGUUAGAAAAUCAAACCACCUGCAACUAAGGUAGAGAUAUGGAGCCAAUCCAGAUUUUAUGAUCCUAAUCUAAUCCUCGGCUCUGUAAUUGCAACAAUCUACUAAGGAACACUAGAUGAACAGGAAGUAGCUAUUAAAGUUAAAGGCCCUCCAACGCAUUGGCCCUUUGAGAUGAUGGUAGAUUUCUUCUUAAACCAGGUCACAAUUAAACAAUUGAUCAGCCACAAGAACGUUAUGAGACUCUAUGGUUGCUGCCUUGAAACUGAAAUUCCCAUGUUGGUUUUUGAGCUCAUCUCCAAUAGCACCCUCUUUGAUAAUCUCCAAGGUCAAUACAAUGAGAUUCCUUGCCGGAUCUCAUGGCUUGUCCGUGUAAGAAUAGCCACUGAGACAUCCUAUGCUCUUUGUUACAUGCACUAUGGUAGGCCAAGGCCAAUAUUCCAUUUGAAUGUCAAGUCAUCAAAUAUAUUUUUGGAUGAGUCCUGGAUUGCCAAACUAUCAAAUUUUGGUUUUUCAGUUUCAAUUGCACUAGCAGAAGACUUUUUCCAAGGUAAUUCCAUUGAGGGAACCAUUGGAUACAUAGACCCAGAAUAUCUAGAGACACUACGUGUCACGGAAAAGUCUGAUGUUUAUGGCUUUGGGGUUGUAUUGGUUGAAGUCUUGACAGGUUAUCAUCCCACAGAAAUGUUCCUAGGGCAUAUGAAUUUGGUAGAUUGCAUGUUUUGUCAAUGGAAGAGAAUUGCAUAUUGCAAAUUGUUGAUGAUAUGGUGCUAAGCCAAGGAAGCAAUGAAGAUAUUCAAGCAUUCUCUGAGCUUGCAUUGAGAUGCAUCAAGAAGAACAGAGAUGAGAGGCCGGCCAUGGGAGAAGGAAUGCUGGAGCUUAGGUGGAUACAACUUCUCAUAAGAUCAAAACAAAAUAAUGAAAUUGGUUCUGCUUAAACACCCUUAAAGUCAUGUAACUGAAUUGUCAUUGUUGGCAUUAGAAGCCCAACAUGUAUGCAAUUUCCAAGUCUUUUUACUGUCUACUAAGCUUGAAAAGUUAGCUUUAUCAUAUUAUUAGAUAUUUGGGUAGGGGUUGGUUUCAUUGGAACAGAAUCAACCAAUGGCUGAUCAAAUUGCAGAACAUGAUACUUGAGGAAAAUUUGCUUGGCAUGUUGUUGCUGUGUAAUUUGUUUGCUACACAUUUAUAAUUCAUUGCAAAAUAUUAUUUGCCUAA